AUGUUAAGCGCGGUAAUAAUACGUUUAUUGAAUAAUUUACCAAUCAGCAGAAAGCAUUUUUAAUGUAAGAUUUCAAAAUAAGUUACUAACCGUUUGCUGUGAGUUUAUGUGAACUUCCUGCGAAAGAAAUGUGCGUGAAUGUUUAUUUUGAUUUAAUUAUUGAAAUUUUCAUAUAGCUAAGUUAAAGUAAUUAUUAAUCUAAUGUUUUAUAAGUAAUUAUUAUAGAUUUAAAAUAAAAGAUGAAUACAUUAGAGAAUACAUUAGAUUCUAUUAGACCUUCUUAUAAUAAUAAUAAUCCUCAAGAUGAGAUGUCAUAUUUAUUUGGAAGAGAUCCAAGUAUAUUAGCUUAUGGACAAAGACCUUGUGUCUCAAAAGAUACUAAAAAAAAUUUACUUUCUGUAUAUGAAAAUGAAUCUGACGAAUGCAAUUAUAUUGUAGAAAAUGGUUCUGUAAAUUCAGAAUCAGAAAAUUUACAGACUGUUAAAGUAUAUUUACGAAUGAAACCAUAUCCUAAGAAGUUAAAAUUAUCACAAGAACAACAGGAUGCAUAUAAAAUAAUCAAUUCAACAACAUUAUUCACAAGAUUACCAACUUUAGAUCAAAAUACUAGUUGUAUUAAAAAAUCCAAUAGUACUGAUAUCGUAUGUAGAAAAUUUACAUUUACUAAAACUUUUGGACCAGAAAUUACUCAAUUAGAAUUAUUUGAACAAGCUGUGAAGCAGCAAAUGAUAGAUUUUUUAAGUGGGCAAAAUUCUACUAUUAUGACUUAUGGUACUACAAAUUCAGGGAAAUCUUAUACAUUACAAGGAACUACUACAUCUCCUGGAAUAAUACCAAGAUGUUUAGAAUUUGUCUUUUCAAAUAUUACACCAAAAUCUACUCCUUUUUACAAACCUGUAAAUCAUUGUGAUGUUGUUAUUUUGGAUCCUCUUGAACGUGCACAAGAAUUAGAGAUAAAAACCAAAUUAUUAACAUUUGCUUCUGUAGAUAAAUACCAAUAUAUUAAUACUUAUAAAGAAAUGCAGAAAUUGUUACAAGAAGAGUCACCUAAUAGACCAAGUCAAUGUAUUGAUGCACAUUAUUCUAUUUGGGUUUCAUUUGCUGAAAUUUAUAAUGAAAUUGUAUAUGAUCUUUUAUCAAAUGAAUGUCAAAAAAAAAGAACACCUCUUAAAUUAGCAACAGAUAGCCAAGGAAGAGCAUUUAUUAAAGGUUUAAAAGCUGUUUGUGUACAUUCUGGUUCUGAAGCUUAUCAAGUUUUAAUGGCUGGACAAUAUAAUUUGAAAGUAGCUGCAACUGCUUUAAAUGCAAGAAGUUCAAGAUCACAUUGCAUAUUUACUAUUAAAUUAUUAAAAUAUUAUGUUGAAAAUGAUCCCACUUCUGUUGAAGUUAGCACGUUUGCAUUUUGUGAUUUGGCUGGUUCAGAAAGAUUAAAAAAAACAUUAAAUAUUGGAGAUAGAUUAAAAGAAGCACAAAAUAUUAAUACAAGUCUGCUAGUAUUGGGAAGAUGUUUAAAAAGUAUUCAUGAAGGACAAUUAUCAAAACAAAAAAUAGAACAUAUCGGACCAUUUAGAGAAUCAAAAUUAACAAGGUUGUUUCAAAAAGCAUUAUCGGGUAAAGAACAUAUAGUUUUAAUAGUAAAUAUCAAUCCUAUUCCAAAUUUAUACAUAGAAACGCAAAAUGUACUCAAUUUUUCUGCAAUUGCAAAAAAAAUAGUUAUAGAAAAAGAAAAAGUACAUAAAAAUAAAUCAAGAUUUUCACAAAUAGUUACACAAAGCAUAAAAACAGUAACUGAUUGGGAUGCUACAGAAUUGGAAAGUGAAGAAUGGCAGAACACAGUUGAUGAUAUUAGUACGUCUGAUUAUGUUCGAUUUGAAAAAUAUGAUGAAUUAAUGAGCGAAAACGAAAGAUUGAAGAAAGAAAUUUCUGUUUUAAAAAGUUCUGCAUUAACUCGUGACCUCCAAAUACGUCAAGAAAUGGCUGAUACUUAUACAUCUAUGAUGAAAAAACUUGAAAUAGAAUGGAAGAAUCAUAUAAAAGAUGUAGAACAACAACAAGAAGAUGUACUUCAAUGGUCUGUAAAACAAGUUGAAGAAUUUUAUAAACAAAAAUUGGAUCAACUUAGUUGUCGCAAGAGAAGACGUUCAUCUCUUGGUAUUAAUAAUUCAGAUGAUUAUUCAAGAAAUAUUGAAGAACUAGAGAUAAAAAAUUCACAUUUAAAGUCAAAAGUUGUUUCUUUAAAAAUUGAUAUGAAAGAACUUAAAGAAACAAAUCAAACUCUAAUGGUUGAAAAAAAUAAUGCAAUAUUUGAGCUCGCUUUAACAAAAGAAGAUCUAAAAAAUAUAAAAAAUUUAUUAAAUGCAGCUCAGCAAGAUAUUUGCUCAGAUGAAGACACAAAUUAUUAUAUAGAGGAAUUAAAAUCUCAAUUAUUUGCAAAACAGGAACAAGUUAAAAAACUUAAAGUAUUUUUAAAUGAAGCAAAAGAAGAUUAUAUUUCUAUUACUACUGAAAUGAGAGAAAAAGAAUAUGAAAUUAAAGAACAAAAAGAGGAAUUAUUUGAAAAACAAGAAACAAUAGAUGACUUAGAAGCAAAUCUUACACAUAUUAAUAUGUGUUUAUCAGAAAAAAUCAAAAUAAUUGAUCAAUUGGAAGAAAAAUUGGAUAAUCAAAAUAAAAAAAUAGUUGAUUAUGAAAAUAAAAUGCAAGAACAAAUAAAUAAAUUGGAGAACGAAAAAUUAUUGUUGUUCGAUGAAUUUGAAUUAUUGAAAAAAACAAUUGAUAAUGAGUGUUCAGUAGAUAAAGAUCAAAAUAUUGCUAUAAAAGAAAUAUCUUCUGAUUUUAAUGUAGAAAUAGUUGUAGAUUCAAAUCAAAAUAAUAAGAAUAUACAAACAGAAAAUGUAUUUGAUACUCAAAUACAAGAAAAAAUAAUUGCAAUAAAUGAAGAGAAUUCAACUUUAAAAGAAAAAUUACUACGAAGUACAACUGAAAUACAAAGUUUAAAGAUGGAAUUGGAAUGUGCUAAAAUUAAAUUAAAAGAUAUAUCUGAACAAAUAUAUAAUUUGAAAAUGAAUAAUGUACAAUGUAAAAUUAAAAAUGAAAAUAAAAUAGAAUGCAAGGUAAAAGUUGAAACGAUAGAAAUAGGUUGUCAAGUACAUAUGGAAUCUGACGAACAUUGCGUUGAAUUAUCUAAAAAUGAUGUAAUUAAUAAAAGUAGCCAGACAAUUGAAAAUAUGGAAAAAGAAAAGAUUAAUCAAACAAAUUUUAUCGAAGAAACUAAUGAUCAUGAGAUGAUUUUAAAUAAAUUAGCAAAGUUAAUGGUGAAAUAUGAUGAUAUUAAGAUACAAUAUGAAGAAAAAUGUCUGAUACUUAAAGAAGUGGAUCAAGAGAUGAUACUAUUAAAAGAAAAAAUAGAUAAACUUUUAGAAGAAAAUAAUGUAAGCAAAGCUGAGAAAGAAAAAUAUAAGCAGACGAUUAAUUUACUUGAAAAAGAAUUAUCUUUGGUACAAAAAGAUAAAAUACAAAUUCAAGAAACAUUAAAAAGUACUGAUGAUAUUAAAGUUUCUUUAGAAACAAAAAUUAACAAUUAUCAACAACAAAUAAAUGAAACUGAGCAACAACUUUCUCUUGUUAAAAAUGAUUGUAAUCAAUACACAGAAAAAUUGAAUAUAUUACAAGCAGAUUUUGAUACUUACAUUUCAAAGUGCAAAAAUGAACAUGAAGAAACCAUAAGUAAUUUAAAAAAAGAACUUUCAUCUGCAGCAGAAAAAAAUAAUAUCAAAUCACAGUGUUUGGAGGUACAUGCUGCUAAAAUAUUAGAACUAGAACAUAAUGUUGAAAGUUUAACUGAGCUUCAGGAAAAGAUUUAUGAAUUAAAUAAAAAUUUAGAAAUAUGUCAAGUUGAGAAAGAUCAACUGCAGAAAUUAUUAAAUGAAAAUCAUGAUAGAAUUUUAGAACUCGAAGAUCGUUUAGAACAAGCAGAGGAAAAAGAGCGAGAUAAAGAUGCUGAAAUAAUUUCUCUUCAGAAAGAAAUGAAGAGCAUGAUAAACAAAAAUGAAAAUGAUGAUAGAAAUGAUAAAUUAAUGGAAAUAGAGAUGAAGAAUACAAUUAAGGAUUUAACUGAUACGAAAAACAUGCUUUCUCAAAAAUUAGAAUAUAUUGAACAGUUAGAAAUUCGUGUUAAACAUAAUGAACAAAAUGCCAAGAUAUUAGAUCUUUUACAACAAAGUACUCAAGAGAGACAAGUGGAGAACGAAAGAUUAAGAAUUAUGAACGAAGAAUUAAAAAAUAGUUUAAUCGAAAAAGAACGUGAAAUGGAAACAUUUAUGAAGAAUAGGGAUGAGAUGGUGUCAAAAUAUGAAAGUUUAGUAAAAAAUCAACAAGAAGAAUUAGAAAAACAAAAACAAAAGUUAACAAAGAAUCAUUUGAAAGAAAGAGACUAUUGUGGAAAUACGUCUGAAGAUGAAGUAGUACUUAAAGAACGUCGAAUGAGACGACCACCAAAAAAAUUUACACCAUCUUCACCGAAACAAGAUGAAAUUUCAGUGAUCGAUCUUUCUGGCUCUGAUUCAAAGCGAAGUACAAAACGUACCAUUUUGCCACCUCCGGAACAAGUUUCGGAAAAAAAAAAAAAUACUCGUAGAAAGAAACUAUAUGUUACAGGAGAUGAAUCUUUUCAAGAUAUAGAACCACUUGAGAGUACAGAAACUAUCACUCCAACUAUGACAACCAGAACUUUAAGAACUAGACGAAAAUGAAAAUAUUGUAAAUAGAUUGUGCCAGUGAAUAAAUUGUGGAGAAAUAUUACAUUAUAACCAUGUUAUCAAGCAA